ACUUGGCAGUCAAUUUUGACAGUGAAGAAUACGUUUUGGACUCAUGUCGAUGCUACAUAGGCUGUUUUCUAAAUGAGAAGCUGGUUUUUAGGGGCGGAUGCUAUUUAAAGAGAAAGACGUUGCUAGUUAAGAUGAACUGUUAUUGCUUCACUGUGCUGACCACAUGCGUGAUGUUAUCAAAUCAUUAUUUAGAAUUAAAGCCAAGCUGGUGUUUGACAUUAACUCACCGCCUGUCAGAGAGCAUGGGAGAAAUUAUAUUUCUCCUGAUUCUGGCGCUUCUCAAGGUCUAUGGUCAUGGAGCGCCACAGAAAGGUACUACUGUGUGUGUUUUUCUGGGUUUAUUGACUACUGGUGCCACUCAACAAUGCUUGGACAUAGACGAGUGUGUUAAGUUCCCAGAUAUUUGUGGGAAAUCGGGAACCUGUCGUAAUCAGGGUUGUAGCUACCUGUGCCAUUGUCCCAAUGGAUUUAGGAACUCUGGCGACAGACAAACUCMGUGUGUAGAGAAARACAAGUGUGUUGAGAUCCCAAAUAUUUGUGGGAAAUGGGGAACCUGUCUUAAUCARGAGGGUAGCUACCUGUGCCAGUGUCCCAAUGGAUUUAGGAACUCUGGCGACAGACAAACUUUGUGUGUAGACAUUGACGAGUGUAAUACAGACGGAGUAUGUGGAAAGGGGGGCAUCUGUCAAAACCUGAAUGGCAGUUACUGGUGCCAGUGUCCUGCUGGAUUUACUAACUUUGGCAAAAACCAAACGAAGUGUGUAGAGCUUAAUUGUGACCAGUAUGAAACACAGCCCGGACAGACUCUACCAGGCUUUGAUAGUUUCUUGUCUCUGUUGAGAAACAACUGUUUGGUGUUGAACAACUCUACGUUGUCUGGACCUACAAGACCGCUGCCAACUGGAGAUGUGCUUUUGACAUUACUGGUUAAUACCACGGAUGUUCUUCAACUGGACCUCCAGUCCAAUGGUCACCGUAGUAGCAGUGAAGUGACUAAGUUACUGAGAACCAUUGAAAUCUCGAUCAGACUGAUCGCUCCACUGCUGACAGAGAACGUGACCAGGAUAGAGACCAACCACACAGAGGUUGAGAUUAUGGUGAGGAGAGACAAGACUUCACCUAAAGGACCAGUCAGCCUGACCAAUGAGAACACUCAACUUGACACCACCUGGGAGACGGUAGUCGGAGAUGACCAGAAUUACCCAGGGUUUGCGUUUGUCAUUCUGCUCAGCUAUAAGAAUCUGGAUAGUCUGAAGGACAGCACUUCUCAUCAGAGCCAGCAGCUCAUGUCAAGUGCUGCGACGGUGUCCGUUAGCAACUCCAACACAACAAACCUGCCCCAACCGGUUAAUCUCACYUUCAAUCACCUGCAGUCCAGUGACGUUGACCCCACCUGUGUUUAUUGGUCGGAUGAGAAUGGACCGGGGGUGUGGUCUGGGCGGGGUUGCACCUCAGUGAUGUCAAACUCCAACCAAACAGUGUGCUCCUGCAACCAUCUCAGCACAUUCGCUCUGCUGAAGGGAAUCCAUCAGAGAAAG